AUGACCGACAAGACGUACCCCAACACCUACAACGUGUACAACCGGCCCCCCUGCGCCAAGCAAGCCCUAGACAACAACCCAAAUCAAUUUUACUCGUACAACAUGCCCAUCAACAACAAUUACAACCAACUGGAAGCCUUCAACAUGAUGUCACCCCACAAGACCCAAAACGUGUGCAUGUACCCCGAACUACCGACGUGGGACACUCGCAUCUACGAAGACACCCUGAAAAUCCCCGACAAGAUCGAAAUGAUUGAAAUUACAAGCAAGGAUUUGAGCCCUGCGGCGAGUUAUUGCAGCAAUUUGGACUUACUAGUGCCUGACUUUUACAAGACUUUGGGGAAGGACUUGAAUUAUUUUAACAAUCAGAAAAUUGAUUACCCGGCUUGUGCCCAAAGCAAUCAAGGGGGAAACACACAAACUGUAAAGUACUGUAGCAUACAAAAUGUAGAGUACCAUAAUUACGACUAUUACAAUUAUUACGAUGGCAAGGUUUUGGACCAAAACCAAUACUUUGACUUGCCGGGGGACAGUUUCCAGCCCCUCGACCAACAAACGGAGUCAAAUGAUGAAAGCGAUAUAAUUGUAGAGGAGUCAGAUGAAGACUGCACUGAUUAUGGGGGCACUAAAGUGCCCUCAGGAGACAACAAAUGCAUCAUUUGCAACGUCUCGUACACACCACUGGGGACCCAAUUUUAUUUCCUAACCCUCAAGAGCCCCCUAACUAUGUCGUCCCAAAAGCCAGUCUUUACGAAAAUUGUCAGUAUUGUGGGGCGAAUUUCCAACGAAAUUAACUACUUGUGCAGCGAAUGCCUGGGGCUCAUUAACACAAUCGAUCAUUUGCAAUUUAAACUCAACGGUUUCAAUACGGAGUUAAAGAUGAAGUUUCAAAGAACAUGUCAGGACAAUAAUGUCCCCCAAAGACCAAACAAAAAACGCUUCAGAGACAACAAAGACCGUAGAAUGAAAUGCAAACUGUGCAAAAAAAUCGUCUCUUUGCGCCAAAUUUGCCAAAAACACGCCUUAAAACACAAGUCGCGUUUUUUGUGCGAAUUUUGCGGCAAAACAUCGCCAACUUUGCGCCACUUCAAGCAUCACCACCAACACCACGCCAUCAAAACCCCCAAAAUCGCCGCAUUCGUGUGCCGAAACUGCCCGAAGAGUUUCCGGACAAGGUCGAACUUGACCGAACACGAGAACUACUGUCUCGGGGUUUUACCCCACAAAUGCCAAUCGUGUGAUAAGAAAUUCCCCUCGAACACGAAACUCAAAAACCACGUCAAACUCAAACACGACAAGAAAUUUAUCGCGAUUUGCUCCAUCUGUAACAUCGGAUUCGUCAAACUUUCGGAUUACAAGGCGCACAAAAUUAGCCACAGCACUGAUAAGAAAUUUCAAUGUGCGAAGUGCGACAAGUCGUACAAGACUUUGAGUAACUUGAACUUCCAUAUGAAAGUGCACAGUGGGAAGUUACCAUUUAUUUGUUCAAUUUGUGAUAAGGGGUUUAUGCGGAAGGAGUAUUUGGAGGCACAUGUUAAUAACCACAAGGGGGUUAAAAACUUCGGGUGCCACGUGUGUGAUAAAAAGUUCGUGUCGCAGAAAAACCUCGACUCGCAUUUAAAAUACCAUGAUGGGUCUGCCAAGACCAGGACUUGCAAUAUUUGUGGUAAAGUGAUGACGACCGGUUUUGAGGAACACUUACGCAUUCAUAACAAUUUGAGGGAGUUUGAGUGUGACCAAUGUGACUGUAGGUUUAACACGAAAGGGACUUUAGCCAAGCAUAAGAAACGCAAACAUUAA